CACGACUAUAACCCAGCACCUUCCAUCCUAUUAACGAUAUAUCCCUCUCCCCCAAUCCAUCUCUCAUCCUCCCAUCUUCUCAUUCAGCCUCCCCUCCAACAAACAAAUCUAUAGACAAAAUGGUCAAGGCUGUCGUUUGCGGUGCUGCCGGUGGUAUCGGCCAGCCUCUCUCGCUUCUCCUCAAGCUCAACCCCUCCGUCACCGAGCUCUCGCUCUACGAUGUCGUCAACGCCCACGGUGUCGCUACUGACCUCUCGCACAUCAACACCCCCGCGACCGUCAAGGGCUUCCUCCCCGCCGACAACGGCGCCGAGAAGGCCCUCGCCGGUGCCGACAUUGUCGUCAUCCCCGCUGGUGUUCCUCGCAAGCCCGGCAUGACCCGUGACGACCUCUUCAAGGUCAACGCCGGCAUCUGCGCCACCCUUGCCCAGGCCAUCGCCAACGCUUGCCCCAAGGCGUUCGUCUGCGUCAUCUCGAACCCCGUCAACUCGACCGUUCCCGUCUUUGCCGAGACCUUCCGCAAGGCUGGCUGCUACGACCCCAAGCGCCUCUUCGGUGUCACCACCCUUGACGUUGUCCGUGCCUCGACCUUCGUCGCCGAGGUCAUUGGCAAGCCCCAGGAGUCGUCCAAGUACGCCAUCCCCGUUGUUGGCGGCCACUCUGGCAAGACCAUCCUUCCCCUCCUUACCCAGUCCGACCCCCAGAUCCCCUCCGCCAUCCUUAACGACAAGGAGAAGCGUGACGCUCUUGUCUACCGCAUCCAGUUCGGUGGUGACGAGGUCGUCAAGGCCAAGGACGGUGCCGGCUCGGCCACCCUCUCGAUGGCUCAGGCCGGUGCUCAGUUUGCCAGCUGGGUCAUUGACGCCGCCUUCAACGGCAAGCAGCGCGUUGUCCAGUCGUACAUUGACCUCUCGGCCGCUGAGGGCGGUGAGGGCAUCAAGAAGGAGAUUGGCGGCGACUGCCAAUGGUUCUCGGUCAACGUCGAGCUCGGCCGCGACGGUGUCCAGAACAUUCUCCCCAUCGGCAACAUUGACGAGCAGGAGCAGGCUCUCCUCAAGGAGGCUGUUGCCGAGCUCGGCCCCUCGAUCAAGAAGGGCCUUGACUUCCAGCCCCCUGCUCCCAAGCAGUAAAUGUAGCCAGUAACCCGUAGGAGAUCGCAGAGUAUGAAGAACAUCGGGGGGAUGUGAGCCUGAUUGGGGAGGAG